GGGUUGAGCUCAGCAGCAGACGGGCACGGGCAGGAUCUGAGACCGAGCUGAGGAGCCGAGGAAAGGAGGAGGACGAAGGUCUCGCUCACGCUGUGUUUAACCACCUUUGCAAAAAUACGCUCGUCUCCAAGUCAAGAACUCCAAACAGUGACGUAAAAGAUGGGGAACAGGGUCGCACGUGAGGACUUCGAGUGGGUAUACACAGACCAGCCGCACGCCGACAGGAGGAAGGAGAUCCUGGCUAAAUAUCCAGAAAUCAAAUCGUUGAUGGGUCCCGACCUGAGGCUGAAAUGGAUUGUAUGCAUGAUGGUGGUGAUACAGUUUUUAGCUUUCUACCUGAUCAAAGACUUGGACUGGAAAUGGGUUUUGUUUUGGACCUAUGCGUUUGGCAGCUGUAUCAACCACUCAAUGACCCUUGCCAUUCAUGAGAUCUCCCAUAACACGGCUUUUGGAAACAACAAGGCCAUGUGGAACCGCUACUUCGCCAUGUUCGCCAACCUGCCCAUCGGCCUGCCCUACUCCGCCUCCUUCAAACGCUAUCACCUUGACCACCAUCGCUACCUGGGUGGAGACGGUGUCGAUGUGGACAUCCCCACCGACUUUGAGGGCUGGUUCUUCUGCACGCGCUUCCGAAAAUUCGUCUGGAUUAUUCUGCAGCCACUCUUCUACGCUAUCCGGCCUCUCUGCAUCAACCCCAAACCCAUCUCCCAGCUGGAGGUGACCAACAUGGUUUUCCAGCUCUCCUUUAACUUCCUGCUCUACUGGCUGUGGGGCGCCAAGCCUGUGGUCUACAUGCUGGCCGGCUCCAUGCUGGGGAUGGGCUUGCACCCCAUCUCUGGUCACUUCAUAGCCGAGCACUACAUGUUCCUCAAGGGCCAUGAGACCUACUCCUACUACGGCUCCCUCAACCUGCUCACCUUCAACGUGGGUUACCACAACGAGCACCAUGAUUUCCCCAGCAUCCCAGGACGCAGGCUGCCCAUGGUGAAGAAAAUAGCAGCGGAGUACUACGACGACCUGCCUCAGUACACGUCGUGGGUGAAGGUUCUGUACGACUUCAUCAUGGACGACGCACUGAGUCCGUACUCCAGAGUGAAGAGGAAGCUGAAGGGAGACGUGAAGCAGGAGUAACAGCCGCUCACAGUCAUAGACUCACCAUCUUCUGCCCAUUAAUCCUUUCAACGCGUGACAUAAGGGGCGGAGUUUAAAACACGCUUUAUCUAUGUUUUAGAGAUUUGUAGAAAUGUAAGAGGUUCUUUCUGGGACUGGCUGCACCAAGACUUCACUAAUUCACCUUAUCAAUGUUUUUGUCUGUGUCCGUGACGUCAACAGUUAAGAAUGGAUUAGUUUGGUGGUGAUGUGGAGCCAGAUUCAGGAUUUGUUUUAAAAGACGACGUUUUCAACACUUGUAAAAAAAACAACCAUAUAUCUAUUUUUGGAACAAAGUCAUGGAUUAAUACCUUUCUGUUACAGAGUGGUUUGGUCUAACAUUGGCCUGAUGUUUGCAUUGUUUCAGUUCUGUUACUGUGAGUGAACUUUGGUGAAGUGGACACUGGUUUGGCUGCUGUUAUAACAUCAUGUAUAAUGAAGUGUUUUAGUCAUGAUCGUCUUCUGUAUGUUAGCGUGCAGCUCGUGAUCAGCAUCAUCAUCAUCAUCAUCAUCAUCAUCAGUGGCUCAUUGUUCUUACCUUUGUCUGGAGUUUUAGCAGCAGUUCUCAGUAAUGUAGCCUGAAUGAAUGAAUGAAUGAAUGAAUGUCAGUGGUGGAGGCUUCAACUUAAACACUGCCCACUCACUGUGUCAUGUGGUAGAAGUUGAAAGCAAACAACAGUGGGCAUUUAAAGGUCCAGUGUGAAGCAUUUCACAGAGUUUAUUUGUAUGUUUUUAAGUGAAUAGAAUAAGACUUUUAUAUGUGCUAGCAGCUGAAGACAUUCUUAUUGGUCUGUGAAGGCCACCGUAGCUUCUUGACUCUUGUUACAAUCCCCACUCCAGAUGUCACUGAUGGUCACACACUGGACCUUUGAGCUCAGAUACUUUUCAUAGUGUACAGCUGCAGAAGUGUGCGUGUGUGUGUGUGUGUGGUUGUGAUACCAUCUACGUCCAACAUGUUGAAGUCAGAGGCCACACGGUUGGUGUAGCGGUUAGCACUCUUGCCUUUGCAGCAAGAAGACUCGUGUUUGAGCCCCGGUUGGAACAUGAGCCUUUCUGCAUGGAGUUUGCAUGUUUCUCCCUCUGUGUGUGUGUGUGUGUGUGUGUGUGUGUGUGUGUGUGUGCGUUUGUGUGCGUCGACCCUCAUCGAAGAAGAUGGAUGGAUGUUGAAGUCAGAGUGAGAUUAGUGGGCGAUAACUUCCUCCCUCUUUGGGCCAAAGUCGAGUGAAUCUCCCUCGUUCCCAAACUGCUGUCUGUCUGUAACACGUUGCUUUUGCUUUUGCGCCUGCGACCGUGAGCGGUGCCUCCAUUCAGCGCCGCUGUGACGCUGAAGUAUCUUCAGUAUCAAGUGCCUCAACGCUGUCUCUCCUCCUCAGUCCUGCUUCUGUCGUCUUAAUCCACAUCUAAUGACUUUAUUCACGUUGAUGAGAUGCCGAAAAAGUAUUGACGAUUUAAAAAAAUCACUAGACUUUUAUUGUUAUAAUUAUUAUUAUUUGUUUCACUUCCUGCAGCUGAAGUCACAUCCUCUGUGUUUUAUGAAAUUAACAAUAGAACCAAAUUACAUGCAGCUGCUGUUGAAUCAGUAUGUUUUGACAAGUUUGAAGCCAAUAAAAUAAAUGAAUGAA